AUGAAGCUCUGGAAGAGAGCUUCCAGAGCUAUAAAAGAUCAAAACAGCAUCAUAAUCGCCAAAUUCACGCCGCGAUCAUCUCUAAGGAAUCCAGCUAUCGAAUCAGCCGUGAUCAAAGCAACAAGUCAUAACGAAUUCCACAUUGAUUAUCGCAACAGCGAUCGCGUUUUCAGAUGGAUUCGAAUUUCCCCUGGUUCACAUCUUCGUCCAUUUGCCUGGGCUUUAUGUAUUAGAAUGGAGAAAACGCGCGAUUGGGUUGUUGCUUUAAAGGGUCUUAUUUUAAUGCACGGUGUUAUGUGUUGUCGCGUUCCAAUCGUACAGAAAAUUGGUCGACUCCCUUUCGAUUUAUCGACUUUUUGCGAUGAACAUCUUUCGCCGGAUGAAGCUCGACCUUAUAAUAUUUUUGUUCGCGAUUAUUAUGCUUUCCUUGAUCAGAAAUCUGCGUUCUUCUUUAGUUUUAUCAACGAUGAAGCAAAUGAACGAACAAAAGAAAGAAAAGUUAUGUUUGAACUCAUCCGUCUCCAAAAACUUCAAAUUCUUCUCGAUAUGCUUCUCCAAAUAAAACCCGAAUCAGUUCAAUACGUCCGCGUUUUAAUUCUCGAAGCCAUGGAUUGCGUAAUCAUCGAAAUAUUCGACAUCUACAGCAAAAUCUGCACCGGAAUUGCGAAAGUUCUUCCUACAAUUGACAUAACCAACCGAUCAGAAUGUCUCAUAUCACUUAAAUUACUUCAAAAAGCAACCGAACAGGGACAAAAUCUCACAAAUUACUUUGAUUUCUGUCGUAAAAUAGGCGUUAUGAACGCGUCGGAGAAACCCCAAAUCCCGGUUAUUCCUGCGAAUGAGAUCAGAGAGCUGGAGAGAGUUGUUAAUGGUUACAACGCUGAAUUGACGACGUUUAAGAAGGAGGAGAAAGCGAUUGUGAUGAGUAAGAAGAGAACGGUGAGCGAUUUCUAUACUAUUAUAACAGAUGAAUGGGAAGUUUUUGAUGAAGAAGAUGAUGAUCAUAAAAAUGGAGGUGCAGAUAAUCAAUUGGCUAUUAUUGAAGCUUGUGGUGCAAACCCAAAUGGAAAAAAGUAUGAAGAACUACCAGACUUGAUUAGUUUCUUGUAGC